AUGCCCACCCCAAUUGUGGACUCUCACAUCCAUCUCUUCCCAGUCUCGCACCUACCAACACUAGCCUGGCACAGACCAAACAAUCCCUUAGGCUCACAGCACAGCAUCGACGAAUACCGCCACGCAACAUCAUCUCUUUCAGCCUCAUCAACGCAAUCCUUACGUGGAUUUAUCUUUCUCGAAACAGACCGCAUAUCCUCAAUCGCGGAGGAAGACUCAAAGAAUCCAGGAUGGAAGCAUGCUUUAGAUGAAGUGUCAUUUCUCGCGCGCAUUGCGCUCGGUGAACCAAUCGCAGGCGAAGGACAUGACACUAUCGAUAAAGAUCUUUGUUUAGGAAUCGUACCAUGGGCACCGGUUCCAGGGGGUGCAGAUGUACUACAGAGAUAUAUGGACGAAGUGAAAAAGCGCACGAAGACGGAUGAUAUCCGGAAGAAGGUGUGUGGAGUGAGGUAUCUUGUUCAAGAUAAACCGGCGGGUGUGAUGCUUGAUCGUAAGUUUGUGGAGGGGUUGCAGUGGCUUGGGAAGCAGGAGCUUGCUUUUGACCUUGGAGUUGAUGCGAGAGGAGGUGGUUUGCAUCAGUUGCGCGAGGCUGUUGAGAUGAUGGAUGAGGUAUAUCGGGGAUUGGACGAGAGUGAGCAGGUGACGAUUGUGAUUAAUCACCUUUGCAAACCCAAUUUACGCUUGGAUCCUGUGUCAGUGGGUAACCAUGUUGAGUAUCUCGAGUGGAAGGAUCUGGUCAUUCGCAUGGCAAGGGCGAGCAAGAAUACCUAUAUGAAGCUUUCUGGUGCUUUUUCAGAGCUUCCUCCAUUGAGUGCAGAUGCCGACCUGGAUAUUGCCUCGUUGGUUGAACUUCUGCAGCCCUGGACAGAUGUUGUUUUUGAUGCGUUCGGCGCAGAACGUGUGAUGUUUGGGUCGGACUGGCCAGUCUGCACUAUUGGUGGAGGUGGAAAUGAUGUUUCAUGGAAUAAGUGGAGAGAAGUGGUUGAAGGAAUUCUGGAGAAGCGAGGGCUGACUGAGGAAGACAAGGACGGUGUAUGGGGAGGAGUAGCCAUCAAGGCAUAUGGAAUUGUGAUUUAA